AGCACGCAGACUCCAGCCUACACACACCAGUGCAGCUGAACUUUUAAGUGCUGUCGUUCUCAGACUCUCCAGCUCUCAGCCUUGCCAAAUAUGAUUCAUUUCAACAACAAGUCUUUUCCAACUAAAUCUACACACCUCGAAGGAACGCUGAGUGUUGGAUUUGCUUGUUAUUAAGAAAUGUCACCCACUGGAAAAGCAUAAGAGGAUGCAGCUGUUUUUCCAGAGAAGUGUAUCAGAAGAUCCUAAGGAGAUCAUCCAGGAGAAGCUGUCACGGAGCUGAGAGAGCAUGUAGGCUAUCAUUUUUAGAAAGAAUCAAGACUUUUUCCAAUGCAUUAUUGCUGUCCUGCUCGGGAUGUCUAUCAUGUUUGGGAAAGCAAGGACGUGCAACAUUGUUCCUGAACACGAACCUGCAGAGUGCAGUAUAGUAGUUCUGGGAGCAAUAGGCUCAGGCAAAUCAGCUCUCACGGUGAAGUUCCUCACGAAGCGUUUUAUUAGUGAAUACGACCCAAACCUCGAGGACACUUAUUCAUCAGAGGAAAUAGUGGACCAGCAACCUGUUCUGGUCAAAGUAAUGGACACGGCAGACCAGGAUGGACCGGUGAACUGUGAUCGCUACUUGGCCUGGGCCAGUGCAUUUCUCAUCGUCUACAGCAUUGAUAACAGACUCAGUUUCGAAGUGUGUCAACAGUAUGUGGAGGCUGUGACACUGUACACUAAAGGCCUGCAGCCUGAGGCUCCCAUCAUUUUAGUGGGCAACAAAGUGGACAUGGAGAGAUACAGACAAGUGAACAAGGCGGAUGGUGCAGCCCUGGCUGCUCGUUUCGGCUGCCUGUUUUUUGAGGUGUCUGCUUGCCUGGACUUUGUGUCUGUGCAAAACGUCUUCUAUGAAGCAGUCCGGGAGGUUAGACGUGAGGCAGAGAGGAGUCUUUCGCUUCGGCCUCUUUACAUCAGUGAAGACAAAGCACCAAUCAGCCUCUCCUCUGCCUCGCUUCUGUCACCCUGCUAUAAGGAGCUGCCCACUCCGGCCACAGCCAAGCUAGUGACUGUGAAGUCCUCGAGGGCCCAGAGCAAGCGCAGAGCACCCACACUCACCCUCCUCAAAGGCUUCAAGAUCUUUUGACUCAACACUGCCCCCUUAUGGUGCUGGAAGAUACAGUCAGACUCAAGGAUGCUUGUUAGACAUUGGCCUGCUGAUGACGGGCCAUGAGGAAAACUUGGGAGCGCAUAACUUUUUGGUCACGUGUGGAGUGAGACUAUGAAAACUCUCACUCAAACUACAUUAGUGUCACUUCUAAAAAAAAUGUUCACGACUGGUUUGUUUAGCUGUUUCCUGUAUAUGCAAAGUAGUUUGAUUGCAUUAGCUUAGUAAAAGUGCGUUAUUCAGCACAUUAGGGAUAAUUAAUGUUAAAUCACUGUUAGUACUUUGGACUGAGGAAGAAAUUACCUAUGUUAAAUGCAAUAUUUUAUAUCACAGAUAUAACCAAUGAUAAAAUCCAUGUGCCUGAAAUAAUAAAAUCCAAAAGCAGGAUAUUGUAUGCAUCAGGUCAGAUUUAAUAAUUAGAUCGUUAUGUUCCACUUACCCCAAAUAUAGUCAAUUACCUAAGACAUGUUUGGUGUGUAAUGUUUGCUUCUUUAGUUUACACUGGACUUGCAAGGGUCAUGUACCUAGCAAGUAAUGAUAGUCUAUCUCCCCCGAAAUGUUUUCCAUAAUACAUACCCAAAUGCUCUUGUACUUACUUUUAAAUUACAUUGUUAAGCUACAGAUACCCCCCUCCCCCCGCCCAAACACACACACACACACACACACACACGCACACAAACACACACACACACAGAUUUCUUUUUUUUUUUUUUGUAAAAUAGCAGGGAUAAUCUAUAUUUACACUUUUCUGUGUUCAGAGUGGAACUAUAUUAUCAUCAGCAUAAUGUCCAGCUUUCCAGUAUAAUUUUGACUUCUCAGUUUAAAAGGAAUCAAAGAAGUAUGCUGUGAGACAAGACAACCAAGCUGCCAGUGUGUUAGCUAAGUAAAACUGAGAAGGACUGAUCCCAGUUCAAUCCUGAGCUUGGGUUCCUCUCUGUGUGGAGUUUCAUAUGUCCUCCCCAUGUCUGUGUGGGUUUCCUCUGAUAUGAGGCAGUAGGUGAAGUGGUGACUCUAAAUUGCCUCUAAGUGUGAGUCUGUGUGUGCAUGGUGCCCUAUGGUGGACCGGUGUCCCAUCCAGGGUGUAUUCACGCCUCACGCCCAGGGUUCCCAGCACAGACUCUAGAUCCACCACGACCAUGACCUGACCUGACAGUUACUGAAGAUGAAUAAAUGAAUGAAAGUAUGAAUAAAUGAAUGAAAAGUUGGCUGUUGCAUAAUAUUACAGUGUUAAGGCAUAUGGUGUAAUUUUCUUCAUUUAUGUAGAUUGUUGUAAGACAUUAUUGAAGAACUGGAUGUGUGUUAAGAUAGGUAUUCCCAAUGUGUGAGUAUAUAUUUAUGGAAAAUAAUUACAUUUAGCUCUGAAUGCCCCAAAUUUAAAAAAAAAAAAAAACACUCUGAACAGAUCUUGGAUGAUCGCCUACAUCAAGUUUUUAAUGUAACUUUUGGUAACCAUCUAAUGCCUAGAGAAGCUGCAUUUUAUUUGCACACAAGGUGUAUAAACAUAUUUUCCUCAUUACAACCUGAAGAUCAACAAUCCCCUUAUGGCAGAUGGAUCAGAUGCAAGAACACCUCUGUAUAUGUGAGUUAAUUAAAUAUGACUCAAACUUGU